GCUUCAAGCGGCCCUGACCGAGCAUUUCCUAGCACCAUCUCUCAAAUACUCCCAAGACCCCGUUCUUGUGUUUUGAGCUUGAUUUGAUUCUUUUGUUGUUUGCCAUCUCAAGCGGUUAUCUCGUGCCUAUUUUUGCUUGGCCACUCCACUUCUUGGACACCAGACUGCCGCGUCUUGUUUUUGAUCCCUUGAUAUCUAUCUGCUAUAUGAAAUGCUAGAAUCUGCACAACCUGCUCAUGAGCAGCCAUCGUGGGGAAGCAGUAGCUCAGAGACGCUAGAGACAAACAGAGUCGAUGAGCAGCAGCACAUAGAAAGAGAAAAAUCACACAAGAGCCAGGAAAUAGAUCCAGAUGUAGAAAUCGUGGACUGGGAUGGUCCCAACGACCCGGAAAAUCCCUUCAACUGGCCAGUACGGAAAAAAUGGGUCAUAACAUCGGUAGCCCUCUUUGGAACCUUUAUUGCUCUUAUCAAUGGAACAUCCAUGGCCGUCGCUGCUGAAGCCUACAAUCGCGAAUUUGGCAUCAGUGAUGCGCAUUUUCCACACUCAUAUUGGCCAAUUGCCAGUUGGGCGCUAGGUGGCGGUGUCUUCAUGAUGGUCCUGUUACCGAUUCUCGAAGACUUUGGAGUCAGGUGGGGCUAUCUGAUUACCUACAUUGUCCUCAUCAUCUUCAUCGUCCCCUCGGCAGUCGCUCAAAACUUUGCAACGCUGGUAGUCACACGUUUCAUUGCUGGAGGAUGCGUCUCAUUACUAGGCAACACAAUCAGCAGUAUCAUUUGCGACAUCUGGGCUGGCGAUCGUGGAAGAACAAUACCCCUGGAACUUUACAUCACCGUCUAUCUCUUUGGUAGUACCAUGGGACCUGUUAUUGGUGGCGCCAUCUACCAAUUCCUUGACUGGCGCUGGAUCUUUUACAUCCAAAUCAUCUGGUACUGCGCUUUCAUUCCUCUAUUCUUCUUCACCAUCAAGGAGACUCGCGGCUCUGUUAUCCUGAAGCAACGCGCGAAGAAGAUUCGCGCAGCCACUGGCAAGAAGGCAUAUACACGCGACGAGUUGAAUCACAUUCCUAUCUGGCAGAUCGUCAAGACCUCGGUACAAAGACCGGCGUACAUGCUCUGCACAGAGUGGGUCGUGUUCUCACUCACAAUGUGGUCAGCCUUCGCCGUCGGGCUGGUCUACCUUUUCACCCAAAGCAUCGAGGAAGUUUUCGCAGGUCUGUACGGUUGGCCGGCCUACAGCACCGGUUAUGUUCAAGCCGCCGUCGGUAUUGGCGAACUACUCGGCUUCUUCGUCUCAUACUCGAACAUUCACUUUUACCUACGGUCUGCCAAGUCGAACCCAAUCGACCCAGGUACACCUGUCCCAGAGGCUAGACUUUACAUGUCUCCCGUGGGAGGCUUUUUUGGCAUGACAGGAGGCAUGUUUGUCUACGCCUGGACUUCUUACCCAAACAUCCCUUGGAUUGCCCCAGCGAUUGGACUCGCGAUGGUUGGUUUCGGCAUCAACAUUGUUUGUUCGUCGAUCGCUCAAUAUCUCAUGGACUCGUACUCAAAGUACGCUGGCUCGGCAAUCGCAGCAGUAGCGUUUGGUGAGAACGUCUUCUCUGCUUUCUUGCCAUUGGCUGCGCAAAGCAUGUAUACCAAUCUUGGAUAUCAGUGGGCAAGUUCUCUGUUGGCGUUUUUGUCUUUGGCGUUGGCUUGUGCGCCUAUCAUUUUGCUGUUGAAGGGGCCUGAGAUCAGGGCGAAGAGUCCGUUCAUUCAAAAGGCCAGGUAUGAACAUGAUGUCAAGGGUGGUGAAGUAGACGUAUGAGCAGCGCGGAAUGUCUUUAUUCCUGUAUAUGAGUGUAGACACCCACAUAGUAUGGCCAUUGAGCACACAUCUAAUCUUGACCUGCCGAUU